AUGGCGGACGAGUCGGAGGACGAGGAGGGUGGCGAAUUUUUUCGGCUUUUCGCAGAUAUCCCCUUAAACCCACCGGAAAAAAGGGACAUGUGUGAUAGGUGCAAGUAAGUAAACUUGUUUCUUAUUUCAUCGGCAAAAAGAAAAGCGUUGGGGAAGAAAUCAGAGAUGUUGUAUACUGCUGUCUGUAUGUAGCAACCGUAUAUACCAGUAUGCAUGUCUGUAUGUACCAACAUCAGAUCACCCGAUGGAAAAAAAAGUCUUGGGAACUCACCGGAAAAUGGAACACGAUUAGCGACAGCGUUACGCAAACCUCCCUUUUCGGCGUGCAAAAAAGGGAUAGAAGACGUUUGCAGUUUGCACGCAAGCUAUGAUGGUGAUUGCUAUCGGUUAUUUUCAAUCAUCGUACACUGUAGGGCUCAACUUCAGAAAGAAGAUGCUGAAAAACACAGCUGCAGAGAUGAUGUUAAGAAUUUUCUGUGAAAAACCAUGCUUAUUUAUAAAAUAACUAAGAUAGUACGCGCGCUCUGAUUGGCCGAGAGGAGUGUUUGCAUGAGAGCAUGUAAACAUGGUUGUGGCGUCAAGAUGUUUUGCUUUUCGCGCGCUAAUCACGCAAGCACAAAUUUGAAAAAGUUUACAAGUUCAAAACUCGACAAGUUUUGACUUUAUUUACCCAUUCCUUCGUCGGCUGAAACAUGGAAAAUCGUUACAAAGAAGGUGUGUCAAUUUUUUUCCGCUUAAGCUGACAUUUUAAGCGAGAAAAAUCCGUAUUUUGGAAAGCAUCUUUUUGCAAAACAAGAACUGAUUACGCAUGCAAGACUUCGUGGACAAGAUUUUGCGACUGGGAAGAAUUUCUCUUUUAAUCAGUGCCAUACAAACAGUUUUGCGUUUUUUCUCGUGAAAGUUAUUUUAUAAAAGCAAUAGAAAACGUUUUCUAUUGCUUAAAUAUUAUGAUAGACCAAUAAAUUGAUCCCGAAAGGAUUAAUUGCACCAAAAAUAGCAAACAAAUAAUGUUAGAAGUAAUAUAUCAAGCAUGAGACACAGUGUUUCACCACCAGAUGAAACACUGAGAAGAGAGCUGAAAAUAAAACGUGCAGAAGAGUAUUUUUGACGAACUUUGAGGUGUUUCAUCUGGUGAUGAAACACAGUGUCAAAUGCUUGAUAUUACUUCUCAAACAAAAUGAUUUUAAAAGGAAAAAUUAAGGAUUUCAAAAUGGGCAGUUUUCCAUCUGAUUUUCAAGCAGUCAUUAAACAUUAAUUUCCUUUGUAUUUUCUUUAUAAAUUAUUGAUGAGUCUGACAAAUAUUUUUCAGGACUCUCACCUCCACAGAGGUCUACCUUGUACUUACUAUUUUAUUUCUAUUUUUAUUGAAUUACCCAGCGGGAGCUUCUGUGGAGGAGAGAGGUGCUGUGCCACUUUUGGGAGUAAUAGGGUUAACAGGGAAAGCUUUAUAAUUAUCAAGAAGCAGGGAAGAGACAAGUCUUUAUGUAAUGGAUUCUGGCAUGAUGGUGAAAACCAGCAAUUAUUACAGUAUGAUUUUUUAACCCCUCAAUCUAUGAAAAAUGUUUUUAGGAGACCUCUGUCAGUCUGCCUGUGUGCCCACUUUCCAUCCAAGUACCUUCAAAUUUCCACAAGAGUUCAUGUUUUACAGCAUCCCCGUGAGGUAUGUGUCAGUGGAAAUAAUUAUGCAGUAGUACUGUAACUGAAAGUGAAGAAAUGAUCAUCGCAGUGAACGCAAUUUAUGCAAUUGCGUUCACUGCGACGAUCAUUUCUUCACUUUCAUUUCAUUCCCGCAGUUCAUAAAUGAUUUAUUUCAUAUAUCAUUAACACAGUACUGUAACUGUUUAUAGUCAAUAAUUAUGUAGAUUUUCCAACCUGAUUUAGAUGCCAGUAAAUAAAAAGUCUUACUAAAUGUGUCACUGAUAAUUACUAAUAUUUAGUGAUAGUAUUAAUGUAAAAUUUCCAUCCUGCUCUUCAUUUCAGGAAUCUCGACUUUUAACAACCGUACCACUGUUGGAAGUGUGUUUGCCCCCAGAGAAACUUGUCAUUCGCAGAGGAAGAAGAUUUAAUUCUAAAACUGAUUGGCCUGAACUUCACAAAAUUAUGACCAAGCCUACCACACUACUUCUCUAUCCUGGACCUGAAGGUUUGUGAGUGUUAUCAUUCUUAAGAUCUGAAUUGCGGUGAUGUGCUGUAAGGCCCAACAUGCAUCCAGCUUGGUAACAAAGGGCUAUAGUUGGUCACAUGAUCAACUUUCUGUAAACACGAAAACAGUUCACUUUUGGAACAUUUUGUUAGCAGGAACUGAAAGAGCAUAUCAAAAUUAAGCAAGCUGUAAAUUUUCAUCCAUCUAUCUCAAGAUAAGCAACUGCAACGGUGGCUGAAAAUUAGGAGGAUUUGUAUGAGGAAGGCAACUCGUGCCACCCAUUCACACUUGAUUGGUUUUCCAUACAAAUCCUGUAAAUUUUGAAAUUUUUAAACUGUCGUUGAAUCUUUCCCUUAUGCAUUUAAGGGGCGGGCUCAAGUUGCCUGUUACAAAUAAAAAGGAGAUUUGAGCCUCAUAAUACUUAAGGAAAUACAUGUAUUUUACGACAGUUUGAAAAUUUCAAAGUUUACAAAGAUUUGUAUGGAAAACCAGUCAGGCAUGACUAGGUGGCAGAAGUUGUUUUUCUCAUAUAUAUCCUUCUCAUUUUCAGCAGCCGUUGCAAUCACUACUUUUGAGAUAUACGGCUGAAAAUUAACAGGUUGCCUUAUUUUAAUAUGCUCUUUUAGUUCGUGCUAACAAAAAUUUUCCAAAAGCAAACUGUUUUUACGUUUAAAGAAAGUUGAUCACAUGAUCAACUAAUGCAAAAGCCCAUUACGGCCAUGUUGAUUUGUCAUGGCUUGCGUACUGGGCAGCCCUUUUUUUUUUCAUUGAAAGCUCACAGGUACAUUGAUCACAGUCAUCAUCUUGAAAGUAAAUAGCUUGUCAUCCUCAUCCUUGGAAUCAUUUUUGGACUCACCCAAAAGUAAACUAUGUCAGUUUCAAUGUCCACUAUGGCAGGAGAGUAUUACGGUAGUCACAUAAAUAGUGUCAUAAUUCACACUGCAAAAUACACCUGCUUUGCAAGCAAUGUCAUAGCAAAAUUGUUAAGUAUUGUCCAUCCAUUUCCUUUUAAGAAGCCCUGUUCAUGCAACCAUGUCAUUUAACUUGAGAUCAGGCUCAAUUUUCGUUUCGCUUUGUAAUAACAUUCCGGUGGCAAGGCGUUAGAGAGAAUGUAUGAUCUCAGGUUAUGUCAUUAAAUACAGCCAAUGGCCAUUUUCUGAAAUCCCAGCAGAUUCAUUCCUUUAUAAAUACACCUUUUUAAUGUGUCUACUCAAAACCAAAUCUGCUUUCUAAUGGCCAGACAAGUGAAAAACAAAAAUAAAUCUUGAGAAAUACUAGUGCUCGAGAGUAUAAGUGGUGUUCGUAGAAUUCAGUAUGUUCUGUUCUAGCAAUAAAAUAGCCAUUUUCGCACUUAAUUCAGCAGUACUAAAAAUAUUGUUUGAUAUACGGUAGAAUCUUUAACAAAACAGAACGUUGAGAUGAUUAACAUGUGACACCUUACCGUGCUUAUACAGCCACCUUGUUAAUAUGGCUAAGACCUGUUAGUGGCCAUUAAAGAGAUAUUAAUGAGGUCUGUCCACUGUAACAAAAAAUUGUGGAAUCCUUUUGACUGCUGUUGAGACUAAACUAAAAACAGUAACUUGAGUAAAGAUUUUCUAGAACCUCUUAUGAUCGCAUGUUCUUAUGUUCCUACCAUUAGCUGAGAAUAUUAAAAAAAUGGAUAAACUUGCACCUGGAGAGCAUUAUGACAUCAUCGUUCUGGAUGGAACAUGGCGGCAAGCAAAAGAUAUCUUUCACAAUAAUCCAUUCCUCCGCCAGGCAAGACAGGUAAGCUUAAACUCAGAGGUGCCACAGAAAAGGUACUAUACAAUGCCAUAUUACGGGGCAGUUCCAUAAGUUUUAGAUUUGCAGAUACAGGCUGUAUAAGAGUCAACCUGCACUAGUGAAAAAGCUGUUUAUUUAGACAAAUUUUCCGUCAUCAUCAAUGCUUAACAAAUUCGGAUGGUUGAUCACAAUGUUACAAAUUUUGCCAGAGAUGGGACAAUCUUCAAGGUGCUGCAGACAAAAUUUACCCCUGGUAGAAACUGGACAAAAUCAAUGAAAUAAACAGAAAGAUGUUUUUCUUGUCAAUGAUUUGUGUAAAGCCAUUAUUCUUUCCAUUAAGUAAUGACAGAGGUGACGACCUGUUAAAAGUAGAUAGUUUCGAUCUACAUCUGGUGCAGAUAAAUGUUUUCAAAACAAAAAUUGUCACCAUGUAAUUUUUGGUUUAGAUGUUUCAAAGACUGUUCCAAAUUUGUCUGGUAGUGUGGAUCGGCCCUUAGUGUAAUAGGGAAGACAACCAUGACAAUCAAACUGAGACUGGAUAUCCACUGCCAUGAAAUACAGUGUACAUUUCUAAAUUGUUUGAAUGGUUUCCUAUCAGGGAAUUUUUUUGGUAGUCUAUGUGCACCUUUGCCACUUGGGCUCCCUGCACAUCAUUCAUACAGAUCUAAUAGGCCAUUUUCGAGUUGGCCCAUGCCUCAGAUUCAAAGCAAGGCUAUGUGCAAAGCCAUUGAUAUGAGAAUAAUUUUUUAUUCCCAAGCAAAUAACAACUCAUUUUCAGAAUAAAGGGUUUACACUUAGCCUCGUUUUGAAAGUGAGAAAUUUUGUAACUCAGAAUUGGCCUGUUCCAAGCCUGUGCUCUUAGGCAAAUUAGACAGAGCCUAGCCUACGUGUAGCCACACCCUCCCCCGCUCUCUGUUUUUCCUCUUUGGGGGAGAGGUUGUGGAUACGUGUAGACUAGACAGAGCCCAGAUGCAAUUACAUGAUAUAAUUCUUGUGGUGUUACCAUGCAAGUGAAACCCUGGGAGUAGAACGUUUGAAUGAUAUUGAUUAUUUCCUAGGAACUUGCAUGACGAAUUUGGAAUUUUUGUGAAUUUUUUUUACUUUGGCAACUAUAAGAAUUGAAAGGGUCAAUGUUAUUUUAAUGUUUCUUAUGUUUUCCAGGUGCAGUUAGAACAUGAUCAUAUCAGUGAAUAUGUGAUUAGAACACAGCCCAACAGUAAAAGCUUGUGCACCAUAGAGGCUAUUGCUUUGUCUUUAUCUGUUCUUGAGAAUAAUGACGAAGUUGCAGAGGUGAGGAUAUCAGUUAGUGGAAUUUUUUAUGAUAUUGUUAAUCCCUGCACAGACUGUUUGAGGUGACUCCCCUCUUUUUUGAGGAUCUUUGAGAUCAGGUGCUUUCUGUUACCAUUAGCUCAACUACAAGCAGCAUCUCUUCUUUCUUUGACCAUGCAAGACUGCUGCCCUUGUUUCUCAUGCUCAUGCACGCAUGCAUGCCCCUGACUAAAUGUGAAGCAAAAGAGAGACUCACAGUCUAAUGUUGGCCAUCUUGGUUAAAAUGUACUGGGGGGUGGGCAUGAGUGUUUAUAGCGGUUAGGGAAAGGCAAUGAAACCUCCCAAAUCUUUCCCUUUCCCUCCCUUCUCUUUCCUUAGGUAUUAAUUUUUGUGUUUUGUCAUUUGCUCUUGUAGGCUUUAAUUCGGCCGCUGAGAGCAUUAUGCAAGAUCCAAUUAGAUCACGGUGCUGUAGUGCACUUUAACAAAGACCAUCAAGAUGAAAUCUUGUUAAGAGCGUAA